UUCCCUCAUUCUGGUGCGUAAAAUUUGUCACACCGUCUCGAGUCGCGCUCGAAUUCCCGCAAAUUUCUGGAUAUCGCGAUUGAUCUCGGUUCCGAUUUCGCUGUCGUCAGCACGGGGGAACUCUUGUGAGUUGAGUUUUGUUGUGUUUGCGACGCUGAUCAAUUGGGAAUCGCUCUUUGGCGAUAGAUUUUAAUUUGUGCCAAUUGAAGUGUGACAUCGCGCGGUUUCGUCGGUGUGGGUGUCUCCCCCCAAGUUGGUGUGUGAAGAAGAUAUUUUGUGACGGGCGACAGUCUCGUUCAGACUAUCGUCAUUCUAGUGCUGAAUCCGCAGUGUGUUGUGCAACUCGGACGUCGACGGCGAUCUCGUGACUUUGGCUCGUUUUCCGAUCGAUCGAUGAAGUGUUGGUGAAAAAGGGAGCAAUGAAUCACUUGCAAAUUUCGACAGAUCCGACAUUGCUCGGCGUUGAGCUGCCGGAAUCGCUGACGACUUCGCCAUCGGUUUCGACGUUCUUGCCCGAGGAGGACGCCUCCACAUGUCUGCUCCUCCCGGGAACUCCGAGCCCUCCGUUGGACUUUACCCACCCGCUGACGCCCAGCAUGGGCAACGCGGACAACUGUGAAACGGGAGCCGGCGAUGAUCCGGCAGCGGAAACCAGCUCUUCAGGCAGUUCCGGAAUCGGCAUGGUGGGCGGCUGCACUACCGGCGCCUCCAACCUGUUCAACAACCACAGUGACUACCAGCAUCUGCGCAAGAAGAGUGGAACUGAGGAGAAUGGAAUGCAUCCCACCGGAGGGGUGAUGAGCAUCACCCUGACGAAGGAUAUGCCCGGCUUUGUGCACUGGAAUUGGCCGCUGAUCCGGAAGUGUACCUUCUUUGUGUUUCUGUCCGGAAUCAUCGCCAUGGUGGGCAUUGUGGUAGCGAUGAUUGCGACGCUGCCCAAGUCGUGCAAUCCAGCCGUCACCUGGUACAAAGGUUCCGUCUUCUACGAGGUAUUCCCGGCCAGCUUCCAGGACACCAACGACGACGGGCUGGGCGACAUCCGAGGGUUGAUUGGCCGAGCGGAGUACUUCAAGGGGCUCGGAGUCGGUGCGGUCCGGCUUAACUCGAUCUUCCCCUCGAAGCACUACCCGGACCACUUCCAGGAGGUGACCUCGCUGACGGCGGUGGACGAGGUGCUCGGCAAGGUUGAGGACUUGCAGAAGUUUGCUGCCGUGCUGCACGAGCGGAACAUUUCGCUGGUGCUGGACUUGCCGAUCUAUCCGUUUGUGAACCACCUGAACCCGCCCACCAUUGAUGUAGACCAUUUGCCGAACCGUACGAAUGACGAUGUUCCGACGAGCGAGUUUCUGCGACUGGCGAGGUCCGUCAAGGGAGGAGAGGAGAAUGUUAUAACUAGCGUGCUGAGAUUCUGGCUGGCAAAGGGAGGUGUGGAUGGAUUUUACAUUAAGGGGUUGGAGCACUUCCACGAUGAUCCGCUGCUGUUGGAGAAUAUCAAGGAGUGGAAGUACACACUGGGUGGAGAUCGCGUUCUUAUGGUUAGCAAACAGUUUAUUGAUAAACUAGCUGAACCAAUUGUUGGUGAGGUUUUGAAUCACGUCGACUUGGUGGACGUUCUUUUGGAUAUGACUAAUGGGACGGAAGUGACAGCGAAUGUGAUCAGAAGUGCCGUUGAUGGAUCGUUGCUGAAGCACACUGAACAUGCGUGGAUUCACUGGAGUGUGGGAAGUGUUCACGAGCGUCGUUUGUCUUCCGGUCUUAGUCCUAAUGCAACGUUGGCCGCCACGCUAACGCAGCUGAUGCUUCCGGGCACGGUUAACAUUUUCUACGGUGAUGAAAUUGCCCUCGAGGAAGCUCACGAUCCGACUGGAGAGCACACCGAUACGCAACACCUGCACCACCUGACUGCGAUGGCAUGGAGUGGUAGCCAGAAUCAGUUUACCGGAAGAGGAACGUUGCCCUGGUUGCCGAAGAGUGCAUCCGCUUCGUUUCAUCACUUGGACAUCGUGCUGGAAAUGAUUGCCCUGAGGAAACGGUCACCUUCGAUCUACCUGAACGCGGUUAUCAAGGAGGAGCAAAUGUUGCCCAACACGGACGUCAAGUCGAGCCAGAAUGAUAUUCUUGUGCUGCAACGGUGGUACCCGAGACGGAACUCUUUUGCGUGCAUUACCAACUUUGGGGUGAAGAACGCCUCAUUGGACCUGACGGCCAUGUUUUACAGUGGAGAAAUUGUCGCUGGUACGUCGACCAUACGGGAGCGAGUUUAUUUUGAAAAGUUCAACGUUGAUUCGCUAGAGACGGUGAUUGUGAGAUUACACAAGUAAAUAGAAAGGGUGACAACAGAUGGUUUUUUUUUUGUUUUUGAUUCAUUUUGGAUUUUUAUUUUAUGGAAUUUCUUACAAAGAAGAAAAUUCAAAUAAUAACUAGCCUACAAGUAACUUAACACCCUAGCUUGUUCUGUACAUAAGUCAACCUUAGCUGUGUUGUAUAGAGUAGAGAGAAUGUUAAUAAAAACUAUUAAAAAUAA